GUGCAGGACAUCGCCUUCAGCCACGACUGCCGCUGGGUGGCCGUCAGCACCCUCCGGGGCACUUCCCACGUCUUCCCCAUCAAUCCCUACGGAGGGCAGCCCUGCGUUCGGACUCACAUGUCACCCCGGGUGGUCAACCGCAUGAGUCGCUUCCAGAAGAGCGCCGGGCUGGAGGAGAUCGAGCAAGAGCUGACCACCAAACAAGGAGGGCGCUGCAGUCCCGUGCCAGGGCUUUCCAGCAGCCCGUCUGGCUCCCCUCUCCAUGGUAAACUGAACAGUCAAGAUUCUUACAACAAUUUCACCAACAAUAAUCCGGGAAACCCUCGCCUGUCCCCACUCCCAAGUCUCACCGUGAUGGUGCCUCUUGCUCAGAUCAAACAACCCAUGACUCUGGGAACCAUCACGAAACGUACGGG